AUGGCUGCCUCCAUGCCCCUGUUCCUCUCCGGCAUUAUGAUCUUCAGCAUCUCCUUGUACUUGCUCCACAAGAGGCUGCAGGCUGAGAUAGGGACCACUCAUCAACACCAACUCAGGAACCUCACCAUUCUGCUGUGGCACUGGCCCUUCAGCCGCCCCUACAGCCUGGAGGGAGACGUUUGCAGCAAUGAGUACGGUAUCCCAGGCUGCCUCCUCAGUGACAACACCUCCCUAUACCCUCAGGCAGACGUGGUGGUCUUCCACCACCAUGAGCUGAGGACGGGUCGCUCCGCCCUGCCUCUCCAUCUCCCACGGCCGGCCUCCCAGCGCUGGCUCUGGCUCUCCCUGGAGCCUCCGGUGAACAACGGCAACCUGACCCAGUACAAAGGACUGUUCAACUGGACCAUGAGCUACCGAGCGGACGCUGACGUACCAAUGCCCUAUGGGAAGACGGUGGAAGUUCUUGUUCCACCAAACAGCAACAGCAGCAGCUAUGUGAUCCCUAAGAAAGGGGCUUGUCUGGCCAGCUGGGUGGUCAGCAACUACAGCCCUGACCAUGCCAGGAGUCAAGUCUACCAGAGCCUAAGGAAGUACAUUCCUAUAGAGGUGUAUGGCCACUGGCUAAAGAGGCCACUGACCGAACAUAGUCUGAUACCCACCAUUGGCCGCUGUAACUUCUACCUGGCCUUUGAGAAUUCAGUGGCCAUAGACUACAUCACUGAGAAGCUGUGGAGGAAUGCCUUCCAAGCAGGGACAGUACCCGUGGUUCUGGGGCCCUCUCGGUCUAACUAUGAGGCCUUGGUGCCCUCAGGCUCGUUCAUCCAUGUCAGUGACUUCAGCAGCACAGAUCGGCUGGCUGCCUUCCUACAGCAGCUGGCCACAGACAGAGGGCGCUAUGAGGCUUACUUCAAGUGGCGUCAGACCCAUGAAAUCAAGACAUACACAGACUGGAGAGAGAGGCUCUGUAAUAUCUGUAUCAACUAUCACAGAUUGCCAGCUAAAAAGGUGUACUAUGAUCUGGAUGGAUGGGCCAAUAGAUAA